CGCAUCGAUUCCCCUUUUCGGUGAACAGGUAGAAAAAGAGAGCCGCAGACGGGAUGUCGGCCAAUCUACCUUUCCCGAUCAGAGUGGAAGAAACGUGGGAAGAAUUAUGGUCGUUAUAAGAGCAGUAGGUGUAGGAGGAAGAGGAGCAAGAGCCGCGCUGUUAUCCGCAUCGUCUCCCUCGUCGCAAGUCACCAAUCUCGCGCGUCGCAGGAUGUCAGUUCGGGCGGAGUCGCUCUCCCCUGACCCCGAGGAUAGGACCAAGCCCUUGAAGGUCGCCGCUCUCUGUGGCUCCCUCCGUCGUGCUUCUUAUAACCGUGGCCUCCUCCGUUCUGCGAUCGCAAUAUGCAAGGAGUCGAUACCCGGAAUGCAUAUCGAGUAUAUAGACAUCGAGCCCCUUCCUUUCUUGAAUACAGAUUUGGAAGUGGACAAGAAGUUCCCACCUGUGGUGGAGAGCUUCAGGAAGAAGAUCCAGGAGGCCGACAGCGUUCUUUUUGCUUCCCCUGAAUACAAUUACUCUGUUACUGCUCCACUGAAGAACGCCAUCGACUGGGCAUCCAGAUCCCCCAACGUGUGGGCAGAUAAGCCUGCUGCAAUCGUAAGUGCAGGGGGAAGCCUUGGUGGUGCACGAUCACAGUACCACCUUCGACAAAUUGGAGUUUUCCUUGAUCUUCAUUUCAUCAACAAGCCUGAGCUUUAUAUUAGAGCAUUUGAGCCACCCAGGAAGUUCGAUGAUGAUGGUAACUUAAUUGAUGAGGGGGAGCGGGAAAAGUUGAAGAAAGUUCUCUUGUCAUUACAGGCAUUUUCUUUGAGGCUUAAAGCCUAGACACGUUCACCCUCAGUUUGGUUUAUCCUCUAUUAUCCUCUAGUGUCUUAUGAAAUAAGCUGGCCGCGAACAGGAAAUUUGUGGGGAGCUGGUUAGACAUGGAUUCACUCUUCGAACGUUUGGUUGCUGUUGUAUUUUUUAUAACGUCAGAUGUUCAACUCAACUUUUCUGCUUCAUUAAUGAUCGUGAACAUGAGAAUCCGGAGCCUGUCUA